GCGCUUGCUGCUCCCUGCUUUGUGUGGCACCCUUUCUAGUUGGUUUCCAGCAUUGAACCAGGGACCAGUGCGCACCCGAAAAACUAACAGAGUGAAAUUGUGUGUUCUUGAAGAUGGUAGUUCCUGGCAGUGCCCCUGUCAUACAGCAAGAUCAUGCUUUGGAACCUGACCUGGGGCAGGAUUCAACAGAGAAUUCUGCUAUGGGUCCUGACACAGAACCAGGUGCUGAUCAGGUGGGUCCAGAGCUGGAGGAGGUGCGAAAGCUGCAGGAACUAGUGAGGAGACUGGAGAUCCAAAAUCAGCAGUUAAGAACUAGAAGCCGUAGAAGUGUGCUCGGCACAAAUGCUCAGAGCCAGAUUGACAGUGACGUGGAGAACCAUGAUCCAGGUCUAAAUGGAAUGGAAAUUAAUAAUAGCAUCAACGCUAUCACUGAAAAGCACGAAUUACAAAUAAUGGGAGAUCUACACAGCAAGCUAAACAAAAUAAGAACAGAGGAGGAAGAGAGUGAUUGUUUAAAGAAAAACAUGAUUUCUGAAAUGCAGUACUGCAACAAUACUGCUACUGAAAAAGUGUCUCCUAAUUCAGAACACACAGAUAAUACAGAAAUACUGUAUAAUGAUGUAAGUGUUAGCUGUCCUUCAAGCAUGGAUAAGAGUAGCGGUAUGGAGCUUGGGGAAGACCUGAUCACAACAAGUAUUGAUUCAUCAGUUAAACCAAGUGAAGAGAGUCCCAAUAAGAAGAGUGACGAUCUAGGAGACCUCUUGAAUGAUACUGCUCUGGAUGAAGUGGAAGUGCUAGAACUAGGGAAUUGCAAUGAUGAAGAGGAUUGCUGGUUGUAUGUCUCUCCAAGAAAAUCCAUUACAGAUCAGAAAACAGAAUCGCCUCUGAAAUGGUGCCGGCAGGUGUUGGACAACCCCAGUCCUGAAACAGAAGCAGCCUGUCGAACUCUUAUAAAUAGACUUGACCAAGCCAGUAGGUGGAAAAACCUGUAUUGCAGUCCAUUGGCAUCACCAAGUGCACAUAACUUGAAUACAGAGACAAGCUCCUGUAGCAAUGCACUAAACUCUCCUGGGCACCUCAAAUCGACUAACAAAGCACUACUAACCUGUGGCAGCUCAGGUUACUUGAGUAUGCAUUCUGCACUGAGCUCUCAGUCCUCUGUGGACAGUGAGCUUAGUACAUCUGAUGACUCUAUCUCUAUGGGCUACAAACUGCAGGACUUGACUGAUGUCCAGGUUAUGGCACGUCUACAGGAAGAAAGUCUCCGCCAGGAUUGUGCUUCUAGUUCUGCUUCAGUGUCUCGUCGUAGUUCCAGUGCCUCCCUUCACUCUCUCAGGAGAGGUACCUACAGCGACCAGGAGUUUGACACAUACAGUCUGGAAGAUGAGGAUGAUUAUGAUUGUUCCCUAUCCUAUCGUAGUGCUCACAGGUACUCACCAUCUCCUCUCAGCUCCCCCCGAUGUCAGUCCCCUUCUUCAGGAGCAGAUUACAACAGAGCAGCUACCUCUCGUAUUCGACCCCCAAGGAGAUCUGUGCAAAGCACCAUGCAAGAUCGACUGAAGUACACAAAUAAUGAAGAGGAGAUGCGUCACAGUAUGCCUAACUUGGCUAAGACAAGCCUUCGCACUCUAGAGUCUGUAAGAAGUAGCCGGAGUUUGGAAUCAGAUCUACAGGUGCCCAGCAAUCGACUUUCCAGAAUGCAGCAACCAUCAACAAGUUUGAAUCCCAGUAAGCUCAGGUAUUCCUCUAGUGCUGGUCAGUCUCCCUUAACAGUACGACAGCCAGUGAAAGGAGGGUCAUGCACAAAUUCUCUGUUAACACCAAGACAGCCAGUGAAAGCCUCCAGCUACACAAAUCCUGUUGGAGCUCGAAAACCACAGUCUUCUACUUAUAGUCCAGGGUCUUCCAAUAGCAGUUCUUCUACUACCAGGAGUAAUAUGGUCACGAUAGCCAAAAACUCGCCCAUCAAAGUACGGACAUCUGUAGGAGGAACUUCUACUCCUAAGAGCAAGCUGACACCCCCGUCCAAGAGAGUUCCUCAGUCGGCAAAAACCAGUCAGACAGCUGCUGAUGAUUCUUGGAAGGAUGGAUGUUACUGAAGCAACCCAAAGAUGCUGAUGCACUGCCAAACAUCUGUGUUGAAGAACCCCAGCUGGCUGGGCAUAAGAAUACUCUAAAAUAUGGUUCUUUCCAGAUCCACUGCAUGGGACUGACUUAUACAUUCCUGAGCCCCCUCCCUCCAUCUCUAGAAUGCAGACUUUGUUCUUGACUUCAUUUAAUUUGUCAAGAGCUUCUUGGCCUCUUAAUGAUAGAAAUGGACAAUUAUUUGUGUAAUGUAUCCCUGAACUCUGAAAAACUGCAGAAGCUUGAAUAGCCUUUGCAUCUUUAAUAUAGAUUUCUACCUACAGCCCAUUGUUGGAAGCGUCAUUGACAGCGAUCCACUAUGACAUGUUCACAUGGAAACUUGCUUAAAAGGCCACAAGUUGUUGUGUUUGUGCCAGCAAGAAGCUACAACCUAUUGUUUGUUGCUCUUAGCAGGGGGUGGAGAGUGUAGAAAUAGCUGUAUAGGUGUUAGAAGGUUUGGGGGUUUUUUUAAUGCACCUGGUGUCAUCUAAUCUAGCUGGCUUGAAGCCCAGAAUUUUUUUUAUACUUAUUCCUGUAUAAAAUGUAUUUCUCUGCUACUUUUUAUUAAUGUUUCUCUAGAAGUCAAAGGCAGCUUUUAUAACUAUCAGUAGUACACUUCAGACAUGUUUGUAUCAAAGUGUGUGCAUCACAGUAGUGUCAGUUCACAAAUGAAGGAGUAAUACACAAUAUUUGUGUGGGUUUCUGAACAGGCCAUCAUAAUACAGUGGGUGGCACUUAACCUGAUAGUUAUCACAUUGCUAAGUUCUGUAUCUUAGUUGAGAAAAUACCAGCAAGCUUAACUUCUUGCAGACGGUUAUGUCCAGUCUUUGGCACCCACUGUGUUAGAGAGACUACUUUUACUUGAAGUGUUUCUCUUCAUAAUAUACACUUUGCCCCAUUUCCUGUCAGUAACAAUUACCCUUCAUUGGGUUUUGUAUGAAACUUUUUCUAAUUGCUUUUUUCACAUGAAGGAAUUGGUAAAAUUGUCCCCCAUCUUCAGCAAGAGGCUGUUGAUUCAAAUGGAGUCCAUAAAAUAUGCACUGAUUUGAGCUCAGCAAUGUUUUCCCUGCCAUUAAUGUGAUUUGAUAGUGUAGCUUAAUAAAAUAUUAAGGUGCUGAAAAAUAGAUCUGCCUUAAUAGCAAACAGGGAGUCUUGUUUUUUUGUUUAUGGUAACAUCUCUAGAAGCGUGAUCUGUAUCUCCCCUCUGCCCCAGUAAUAUGCAUUAAACUCUCCACUUGUCUAUUUACCAAAUGUUAACUAAUGAGACGCACAAAAAGUUAGAGUCUAAAGACUACUGCUGAUUGGGUCAGCUUGUACUGCAUUGUUUAGCUGUUUAACUUAAUACCUUCUGUCCUUCAGACUUGUUUGCAAGCACUGAGAAUGGAGGCAGAAAUUGCACACAUCCCUGUUUUAGGGUCCAGUUGUCCAGACUGAGGGAGAAUAUGAGAGGCCUUGCUUGUCAGCUUGGUAUGUUUGCUCCCUGUGACCCUUACUUUAUCUGUUGCAGGCUUGUCCUGUUUCAGUAGGAGUGAAGCUGGAAGAGUUGCACUAUUUUAGCUAAUUUGUAUCUAGUAACUAGGCAGACAAGGUUCCUUGGGUGAAUUUGAUAUCUUUUAUUAGACCAACCCAAAUGGUUGGAGAAUAGUUAUUAAGCAAGCUUUCGGGUUCAAAAACCCUUCGUCAGGCUAAGGAAGCUGCAGCAGUUGGUGUGUGCUCUUCCUGGAUGGAAUGAAUCUAGUAACUAGAUUUUAAUGCUAGUUUUGUCUCCACUUAGUUUUGAGUGAUAGGCAGAAUUAAUCACUAGGGACCUGGGGCCAACCAGCUCCCAGAGCAGCUUCUGUUCUGGAAAAUGUAACUUUUGUCUGCAGGAGACCACUUUUUGGGUCAGAUUUCUCCCUGCCCCCAGUUAUCCUCAUUUCUGAAAUCUUCUUCCAAUAGCUGUUAUCCUCUUGUUAAACCCACUUCUCCUUUGGAACACAUUUAGGAUCAUAGGAAAGUAGGGCUGGAAGGGACCAUGUGAAGUCAUUUAGUCCAGGCCUCUAGCUCAAGGCAGGCUUGUGCUUGACUAAUCCAUCCCUGCCAAGUAUCUAACCUUCCUCUUAAAAACUUUGAAGGAUGGAGAUUCCGUGAUUUCUUUGGGUAGCUUGUUCCAAGCUGGCCACCUGCAUAGAAAAUUCUUACUGAUCUCCAACCUAAAUUUCUUCUGCUGUAGCUUGAGCCUAUUGCUCUUAAUACUAUCCCCUACAGCCACAGAGAAAAGUACAUCUCUGUCUUCUCUAUAAUUGGCCAUUUUGAUAAGUCUUCAAAUACCAAUCCCUCCCCCUGCCCAUCCUCUUUUCUCCAGAGGAAGUAACCCUUGUUCUUUUAGCCUUUCUGCAUAAGUCUUGUUUCCCAGGUCCCUCAUCAUUUUUGUUCUGCAUGGGACUCCUUUGAAACUGUCCACAGCCUUCUUGAUGUGUAGAACACAAAACUGGACAUGGUAUUCCAGAUAAGACCUCACCAGUGCUGAAAAGAGCAGAAAGUAUAUUACAUUGUCAAGGUAUUACAUUCACUGUUCUUCCCCAGUUCACAAAGGCUGUCUCCUUAUAGAAGAAAAUCAGGUUGGCAAAGCAUAACUUGCUCUUGGUAAAUCCAUGCUGCUUGUUCCUAGUUGCCUUGCUGUCCUCUAGAUGCUUCACUGAGCUCCUUGAGGACCUGCUGCAUGAUUUCCUCAUGGAGAAAUGAUCUGUUAGGGGGAAAAAGGACAUCCCCAUAAUAUUUUUCCAUGCAGAAAAGUACCCUGUUAUGUUGACAGGCUCAAGAGUUAGGUGAAGGUACAGAAGAGUCAGUGUCUUGAAAUUUUAGUCUGUCCUAAAAGAAGUUUAGUAUUUGUAGAACUAAUUUUCCUUCAACAGAUCAAGAGUCUUCAAGGCUUUUUUUAGUAAAGUUAAGUUGCACUAAAAUGUGUAUAGUGUAAUGUAGUUGUUUCUAAUGGGACCCAAAAUCAGGUUUCAAUUGUUUCAGCUCUCUAUUCAAAGAGAAACAUUCCACUUAGAUGAGGAGAGUGACAGAUAAGUUUAAUAUAAGCUUCUUUUAUUCUAAAUGCAUAUCAUUAGAAUUAAAAACAUAAGUAGUGUAAUUGAUGUUAAGAAGUUAAACUACAAGUUAAACUAUUCUUAGUGUUGUCUGAUUCAUGUUUUCAAGAUUUAUUGUAAUAAAUUGAUAAUUACCAA